AUGCUGAUAAAAAGAAAUAUUCAUGGUAUAGUGAAUAAUUUCAAAUUAACUACUACUUUUGAAUUAUGGCUGAAAAACGAACACGUCACGUUAUCACCUAUAACGAGUGUUUCUGCUGCAUUAACUUGUAGACAGUUAUGCUCAAACGUUGAAAAGCAACCAAAAGGAUUAAUGACAAGUUAUGAAGCAUUUUUGUCUCGACGAUAUCCCAAAGCUUAUGUUGUGCACAAAAUGGUUAUUAAUGGGUGCAAAUGGUGCUGGUCAGAUAUCAAAACUUAUUAUCAAUUGAAAAAUGAUUUGAGGACUAACGUACGGAAGAUAUCUCAGUUAAAACGAUCUGAACUAGAAAUUUUGCUGCAGAUGAAGGAAGAAUUAUUGAAAGUGGCAAUCAUUGUGAUUUUUAUUCCAAUUCCAUUCACUAUUUAUAUCUUUGCUCUAGCCGUGAUAUUUUUUCCCCGACUAAUUUUAACUCGGCAUUUUUGGACUAAUGAUCAACGAAAACGAUUUUGGGCUGAAAAUUUGCAACGCACAUCACGUGUUCAUGUCCAUCCUCUCCAAAAAUAUCUUCAAGGAUUGAAUGUCGAUUUGCAGACACCAUUGGAAAGAUUGAGGGAACUGGUUUUACCUCAGAUGAGUAAUUGUUCCAUAGGACAUUUGUACCACUUAUCAAGACUUCAUCGCGUGUCGUUUUUUGUGCAUGGAAUUCGUGGACUUCAUGCUCGAGCAGAAAUGUUGCGUUUAUUGGAUCAAACGUUAAAAUUUGAUGACAGCGCAAUUGAUGCAAUGGAAGAACAGCAGCUGUAUCAGCAAUUUUUUUUGCGGCGCUUGCAAUACGAUGGGUUAUCGGAAGUAGAAAUGAAGUCCUUAUUAAAAAACUGGGUUCAGCAUAUGACUGGUAGGAAUUACUCUAAUUGUCAACCAAUUUUUAGGAUUUUGUUCGUUUUUGAAAUAAAGGCGAGAUUUAAGUUAAUUCAUUUGUAG